GUGACGGCGCGGGGGUGGGGGCGCGGCCGACGGGUCACGUGGUGAAUCAGCCCAGCGGCGGGCGGAGCUGCCCGGGUACUUAGUGGGGCGCCCGAGAGGCCAGGUGCGGCUCGGUUCGGCUUGGCGGCUGCAGGCCGGGGCUGUAGCGCUGCGCUCGGUGGGUGCAGAUCCGGCUUCCAGAAUGUGGUGGUCCCUGAUCUCUCUCUCUUGCCUGCUGGCACUGGCAAGUGCCAACGACAGUCCUUCCUUCCACCCACUGUCUGAUGACCUGAUUAACUAUAUCAACAAACAAAAUACGACAUGGCAGGCUGGAAGAAACUUCUACAAUGUUGACAUCAGCUACCUGAAGAAGCUGUGUGGUACCAUCCUGGGUGGACCCAAGCUGCCUGAAAGAGUUGGGUUCGCUGAGGACAUGGAUCUACCUGAAAACUUCGAUGCACGGGAACAGUGGCCCAACUGCCCAACUAUCAAACAGAUUAGAGACCAGGGCUCCUGCGGCUCUUGCUGGGCAUUCGGGGCAGUGGAAGCCAUGUCUGACCGAAUCUGCAUCCACACCAAUGGCCAUGUCAAUGUGGAGGUGUCUGCUCAGGACCUGCUCACCUGCUGUGGUUUCCAGUGUGGGGAAGGCUGUAAUGGUGGCUAUCCCUCUGGAGCAUGGAACUUUUGGACCAAAAAAGGCCUGGUUUCUGGUGGACUCUACAAUUCCCAUGUAGGCUGCUUACCAUAUACCAUACCUCCCUGUGAGCACCAUGUCAAUGGCUCCCGGCCCCAGUGCUCUGGAGAAGGAGGAGACACUCCCAAGUGUACCAAGAGCUGUGAGGCUGGCUAUUCCCCAUCCUACAAAGAAGAUAAGCACUAUGGGUACUCUUCCUACAGCGUGUCUAACAGUGAGAAGGAGAUCAUGGCGGAAAUCUACAAAAAUGGCCCAGUGGAGGGUGCCUUCACUGUGUAUUCAGACUUCUUGACUUACAAAUCAGGAGUAUACAAGCAUGUGACUGGUGACGUGUUGGGCGGUCACGCCAUCCGCAUCCUGGGCUGGGGAGUAGAGAAUGGAGUCCCCUACUGGCUGGUAGCCAACUCUUGGAACGUUGACUGGGGUGAUAAUGGCCUCUUUAAAAUCUUCAGAGGAGAAGACCACUGUGGAAUUGAAUCAGAAAUUGUGGCUGGGAUCCCUCGCACUGACCAGUACUGGGGAAGAUUCUAAUAUGCUGUGACCCGGUUGGCCAGUCCUUAGGGAAUUUUCCCUAAAUUUAGCUGCCCAGGCUGGGAGUGAGGCAGACAGGACAGUCUUUGAUUCGCUGAAUUCACCUACGAUUCACGAAGCUUCCAUCGAGGCUUGAGCAACUGGUCCAGAGCGACCUGCCAUCAGAGCUGUCCUCUUCAUUCUGUCCUUAGCUGGCUCCCUCCCAGCCUGUUCCACGGCAGUGACACAGCCUGCAUCCUAGCCUCCCCCUAGACCAGUGCUGUUUGUAGUGCCUGCUGCUGUGGCUCUGCCUGCCACCCCGUCACCCCCACCCUGGUUUCUCUAGAGCAGGAUAGGCUUUGGUUGCAAGUUUUCCAAAAGAAUGGAACACCAACUUCGUGAUGAGGACAAAUGCCACCUGUCAGCUGCACCUUGAAGCCCGUCACUUCCUUAGUCGGUGGCAAGCAUUGAUGUUGCCCGGUGCAGUUCUCUGGAGAAAGCUACCUUUUCCCGGGACACCUGUGUCCAUCGCCACAUUGGUGAUGUGGCGAGCCCUCCCUGGUCUUGUCCUCAGCCAAUGCUUGUUUUCAAUAGGAGUUUUUAUUUUUUUGUGCACCUCAACUGAGUAUGUGAAACAAACAGGUCUAAUUAGUUGAAGAGCUGUACUAGUUCUACAGAUUCUCUCCUAAUUGUAUGGCUUAAAACAAGUGGCCCUGGUUUGCUGGGUGACCUACUGACCUCAGACACCACAGUAACGCUGGUCUGGCAAGAACCCUCUUUUAUGUUGUAGAGUCGCCACUUCACCCUGUCAGUUUAACAAGUUUAUUGACUGUGCCAAUAAACCAGUUCUCCCUCUG